AUGAGUGUCGCUUGUUUAUUCAAUAAGACUUUUGUCAAGAAAAUUCUUGUGUUUUCUCUUCUAGUGCCUUCAGUGGCUACACAGGAAACCUGGUCCUGGGAGCAGUACUUGAAAGAAUGGAAUGCUGUGGCCGCACCUGUUGAGCUGUUUUCCAAGGAUCAGUCUUUUCCGGAGCAUGAAAAUGGUUUUCAGAUUGGAAUGAGAUUAGAAGGCAUUGAUCCCCGUCGUCCAUCUGUGUUCUGUGUGCUUUCUGUAGCUGAGGUGUGUGGUUACCGGCUGAGAUUGCAUUUUGAUGGUUAUUUAAGUUGCUAUGAUUUUUGGACCAAUGCUGGUUCCCCUGACAUUCAUCCAGUGGGGUGGUGUGAAAAGACCAAGCACGAAUUGCACAUCCCUAGGGGUUAUAGAAAAGAUAAAUUUGUUUGGAUGGAUUACUUGAAGGCCUGCAAAUUACAAAAUGCUCCUAAGAAACUAUUUAGAAAUAGAAGUUGUAAUGGACUAGUGCCAAAGGAGUUUCAGGUUGGGAUGAAGCUGGAGGCUGUGGACAGAAAGAACCCCUCCUUAGUGUGUGUGGCAACCAUAGCAGAUAUUGUGGAAGAUCGCUUGCGAGUGCAUUUUGACAAUUGGGAUGAUAGUUAUGAUUACUGGUGUGAUGUUAAUAGUCCAUAUGUCCAGCCCAUUGGUUGGUGUCAAGAGAAUGGAAGAACUCUGAUAGCACCCCAAGGAUAUCCUAAUCCAAAGAAGUUUUCCUGGAAACACUAUCUGGAAGCUACUCAAACUAAUGCAGUGCCUGCAGAAGUUUUGAACAUGAGGGCACCACAUGGCUUUCUACCAAAUAUGAAACUGGAAGCUGUGGAUAAACGAAACCCGCAGUUAAUUCGUGUUGCUACCAUUAUAGAUGUUGAUGAUCAAAGAGUAAAGGUUCAUUUUGAUGGCUGGGACCAUAAGUACGACUAUUGGAUGGAUGCCGACAGCCCUGACAUUCACCCCAUUGGAUGGUGUGAUGUAACAGGGCAUCCGCUGGAAGUACCAUAUGGGGCAAAGGAUAUGAAAACCCUACCAGGUCAAGCUGUAUGUCCUACUCCUGGGUGCCGAGGAAAAGGCCAUAUCCGUGGCCCACGCUAUGCAGGACACCACAGUGCUUUUGGCUGCCCAUAUUCAGACAUGAACUUGAAAAGGGAAGCAGCACUUCAGGAUCGGCUGAGAGAACAAACACAGACAAAUUUGGAAUCAGAUUCUUCACAUACAAAAUCAGGAAACUUCUGUAAUUUGAAUUUCAGUGGAAAAUAUGAAAAGGUGAACAGCCAGCCCAGACUUGUACAGCAGGCAAAGUGUUUGAAAAUCAAAGGAAAAGAAGAUACUGACUUGGAUAAUCUCUUCAGAGAAUACUCAGCUGAGCGGGUGCAACAGGUGCUUCACCAGUCAAUCUUCAUGACCUCCCUGUCUGCCCACCCUUUCCGGGACCUGCCCCUUGGCAGGGAGCAGCACUGCAAGUUACUUCCAGGUGUGGCUGAUAUCCAGGCCAACCAGGUGACCCAAUGGACAGUGGAUGAGGUAGCUGACUUUGUACAGUCUCUUCUGGGGUGUGAAGAACAUGCCAAGUGCUUCAAGAAAGAGCAGAUAGAUGGCAAAGCCUUCCUGCUUCUGACCCAGGCAGACAUCGUCAAAGUGAUGAAGAUCAAGCUGGGCCCAGCACUGAAGAUUUACAAUUCUAUCCUGAUGUUCAGGAAUUCCCAGGACCUCACUGAAGAUGAUGUUGACCCAGGCCAAGAAGCCAGGGGAUGA